UCAUAUUUAACAUAGAUAUUUUUUACUUAAAAAAAAGAACAUAGAUACUUUUAACACAAAGGACACCAUUGCAAAAAGAGAAAGUCACGAAACUCCGGCGAGAAGCAAAGUCAGCAAUUCAGUCAAACACUUUCUCAACUAGGGUUUUACGAUCACAAAAAAUGAAACUCACAUGGCUGAAGACGGUGGAAAACGCCCACGAUGACUCGUUGUGGGCGGCGACGUGGGUCCCAGCCACCGCCGACCGACCGCCUCUCCUCCUGACCGGCUCGCUCGACGAGACGGUGAAGCUGUGGAGUCCCGACGAACUCAAGUGCGAGGCCACCAAUGGCGGUCACUGCCUCGGCGUCGUCUCGGUGGCUGCUCAUCCUUCUGGAGCCAUCGCCGCCUCAGCUUCGCUCGACAGCUUCGUUCGAGUCUUCGAAGUCGAAAAGAAUAACACCAUCGCCACUCUCGAAGCCCCGCCUUCUGAAGUCUGGCAUAUGCAAUUCAAUCCCGAGGGUACCAUUCUAGCAGUUGCCGGUGGGGGCAGCGCAUCAGUUAAAUUGUGGGAUACUGAUAAGUGGCAACUUAUAGCAACCUUGUCAAACCCUCGGCCUGAAGGAUUAAAGCCCUCUGAUAAAAGCGGCAGCAAGAAGUUUGUCCUCUCAGUUGCCUGGAGCCAUGACGGGAGACGACUGGCUUGUGGCUCAAUGGAUGGCACCAUCUCUGUCUUUGAUGUAUCUCGUGCCAAAUUCCUUCACCAACUGGAGGGCCAUUUCAUGCCUGUGCGCUCUCUUGUUUAUUCACCUGAUCCGACAAGGAUUCUCUUUUCAGCCUCAGAUGAUGGCCAUGUUCACAUGUAUGAUGCUGAGGGAAAGAGCUUGAUCACGGCCAUGUCAGGUCACUCCAGCUGGGUCUUAAGUGUGGAUGUUAGUCCUGAUGGGGCGGCAAUUGCAACCGGCUCAAGUGACAAGACUGUCAGACUGUGGGAUCCUAAAUUGAGGGCGACCGUGCAGACAGUGAGCAACCACACGGACCAGGUCUGGGGAGUGGCAUUUCGACCACCUGGAGGGAACGGUGUGCAAGGUUAUCGGCUUGCAAGUGUGUCUGAUGAUAAGAGCAUAUCACUCUAUGAUUACUCAUGAAGACAGACAUUUUGUCGUGUUGGACCAUGUUAAAGAUGUUUUUUUGUUUAAGACGAUUGCUCUUUUGUGGCUUUUUAUCAUAAUUAUAUUAGGAAAAUGUUUUGAUUUACAGCUAAUUUAUUCUGAUUGAAUAUUAGUCGUGUUCAGUUCUUUA